AUGGUCAAACCUUCACAACCAAUGAUGGCGCGCUUGCGCUUGACAACCAAGCAAGUCAAUGGCGGCUACUACAAGGGAAACCGGACUGGCUCGAUGGGUUCUUUCCGCAAGAACGGCAGUUACCAGCUCGACAGGAGCAAAAUCCGCAAUUAUAUAGUCCCUGAAAUGUCGACGUUCAAGCUUACUCCUUUUGUGACGAAACGCAUGGAACCGACCAAGGAUGAAUACUGGAAGGAGGUGGAGCAGGGUGGUAAGACUGUCAAGGCUCUUGCAGGCUUCCAGGGUAUCGACUUUCUUCAAAAAUGGGCCGAUGACAACCCCGGUGAUUAUGACAGCCGUCAAGAGCGCGAGGCGAAGGAGCAGCGCAAUGCUCAGGGUCGGGGAAUCUCAACAUGA